AUGCUUCGACAUCUGCGAUCGUUGUUGAAGGCUACCCUCCGACUUGGAUUACCUAUUUUGGCUUUCAUCUUGAUCUUUCACUUUCUGGAGCCUCUCAACAAGCAAAUGCCGCCAUCACCGUCUCAGGAGGUUGCAUCCACUCUGCUUGCAGAAAAUGGUCUUGACCUACUGUCAAUAUCAUUAUUGCAGUCGCUCUGGGCUGGAUACGGGCAGAUAUGUCACGUCACUGCAGCCGAUGGAUUGGCUCCAGAUUUCUUAGCUUCCCUGCCGGGAAAUCUGAGGGACCCGCUCGUGAAAGAACACAGGGCCAAAAUCGAGAAGCUGCGCAAGUCUUCGAAAUCAUAUGCUGCGGAUUCGACACCCCAACAUACGCACUCCUUCAUUCUCAAAUUGAUCACACCGCCACCAACAAGAGCAGGAGAUGAGGGCCACACCAGGAAGAUCUUGAGCUACCAAGUUGAACAGUAUUUUUACAGUCACUUAGCACCACAGCUGCCUGCGUCUGUGUUCGUCGCAAAGUGUCUGGCGAGCAUCAACAAACACCACUCGGAUGGUACUUCUACCACCGCUAUGAUCAUGAGAGAUUUGAAGCAAGAGUUUCCUGUGGCCGGCGAAAAGCGAGGGUCCUUAUCACGCACCCAAGUCAAAGCUGCACUAGACUGGCUGUCUGGAUUCCAUGGCUUCUGGUGGCCUCGAGUAGGUGAUCUUGAUCGCACCAAAUUGGUGCUCCCACCGCUAGAGGAAGUCAUGCAUGAUGGCCAAGAUGCAUCGGGCAAGACUGUCUGGCUCAACGGAGGGUACACCUACCUGGCUACGCGACGGAAAGAAUACGACGGCCUAGCAAACGACUACGAAUCUGAGUGGAGAGAGGUAUUGACAGAGCCGUCAGAAGGCCAGAGCCGUUCUAUCUCGGAAAUGGUCGCUGCGUUCCUCGCACCAUCGGUGUCGGGACACGGUCCUAUCGAACAGUACCAGACGUUGAUUCACGGGGACGUCAAGUCAGAGAACCUCUUCACCAGUGAGUCGGGAGAGGAAGUAGCGUUCUACGAUUUCCAGUACACUGGUCUUGGUCUUGGAGCAUGCGAUCUGGCGAAGCUAUUCACUUGCUCUGUGCCACUCAGCAUGCUAGUGAUCGAUGAACACGUCCCGCGCGCGUUGGAGAUGCAAGAUGGCGAGAAGCAACUGCUGGAAAGGUAUUGGAAGAAGCUAAAAGACACAAGCAAGAAAGAAUAUGCGUGGGAGAUCUUUGUGCAACACUGGGAGAUUGCUCUGGUUGAUUGGCUACGCUUCCAGGCGAGCUGGGGCUUUUGGGGUAACACUGAAUGGUUGGAAGCGCGUGUGAGGAGCAUUCUGAUGGAUAAGAAGUUGAAGACCGCGUUGCAGAGGUCGACUGGUAGGACGUAA